AUGUCGAGACCAGAUGGAAUCGAAGAUAUUUACGAAUCGAUAGAAAGACACUAUGCUGGUAAAUCAGUUUUCAUCACCGGUGGCACUGGAUUUUUGGGAAAGGUUUUUAUAGAAAAAUUAUUAUACAGCUGUUCAGAGAUAAACAAAAUUUUUCUACUAUUACGAAAUAAAAAUAACUCUGACACUUCUGAGAGAGUUAAACAGCUAUUGGAAUUACCGAUAUUUGAACGAGUUAGAAAAGAGAAACCGGAAAACUUUGAAAAGAUUGUGCCGUUAUGCGGAGACGUAACUCUGCCUAACCUUGGUUUAAGCCAAGAAGACGAACAAAUGUUGAUAGAAGAGGUAUCCCACGUAUUUCAUUUUGCGGCAAACGUUAAAUUUAACGAAAAUUUGAAAGUUGCCAUGAAAACUAACGUAGAAGGAACAAGAAGAGUGGUAAAUUUAUGUCAGCGCAUUAUGAAUAUCGAAGUUUUCGUGUAUGUAUCUACGGCUUACUCUAACACAAAUGAACCAGUUCUAGAAGAAAUUGUUUACACAGCCCCUGUUUCAAUUGAUGAAGUAUACGAAAUUCUUGAACAGGAAGUAUCGGAAGUAUCCAAUGAAGACAAAUUAAAAAAACUUCUUUGUGGCAGACCAAACACUUACACUUUUGCAAAAGCACUAGCGGAAGGUCUUGUGAGUCAAGAACAUGGUGAUUUUCCUACAAUAAUCAUCAGACCAUCCAUUGUAUCAGCAAGCAUGCACGAACCACUAACGGGAUGGGUGGAUAAUUGGUUCGGUGCAACAGCCCUAAUCGCCACAAUUGCUAUGGGUCUUGUUCGUGUUGUACUUACUAAGAGCACUAACACUUUAGACCUAAUACCUGUUGACUAUGUAUCCAACCUCAUCGUUGCGGCAGCUGCUAAGUGCAAAAGAUCAAAAGAAGUAUCUGUCUACAACUGUUGUACAAGUGAUGCAAAUCCAUUCACAGUUGGUCUACUUGGGAAACUUAUUACUGAAGACAGCGUGAAACACAAUUUUCAUGAAAUAAUUCGCCCAACAUUGUUUUGCAUACAGUCAGAAUGGUUGCUAAAUGUUUUAACACUAAUCAUGCAAACCAUGCCAGCUUUCAUUGCUGAUUGUUGGCUACGUUUAACGGGUAGGUCACCCAGGUUUAUGAAGAUGCAGAGAAAGAUACUACAGACACGUAGUGCUCUACAGUACUUUUCUUCACGUUCCUGGCAAAUGAAGUGUCAACGCACUCGUGAUCUAUUUGCUUCACUAUCGGUUUCAGAUCGCCUCGAGUUUCCUUUUGAUCCAACUCAUAUUAAAUGGGACAUGUAUAUACCAAUCUAUUGUAUGGGUAUUCGAAAGUUUUUAAUUAAGGCAUCAUAA